GGGCGCGGCGGCGCGGCUGCGGGAGCGUGAGGCUGCGGUAGCGGAACUGGUGGGGGUCCCUCGCGGCUCCCGCGACCACCGGCCUCCAGGCAUGGUAGCCUCUGAGGUGCGGAGCUGCUUCCCCGCCGGCUGGUGCUCUAGCUGGGAAGGCGGGGGUGGAGAGGCGAGCCACGCUCGCCCGGCCAGGUGAGCAGGCCGGGUGUGGCAGGGCGAGGUGGUCCAGGAGAGGUCCGGUAAGAAGAGGAUCUUGCGGAUGCACUGGGGCCUCAUCACUGCCUGAGAGGCAGCCUCGUAACCAGAGCAUGCCAACCCUUGGCUGCCCCUGCCCUCACUCUGGGGCCCAGUCGAGAGAGGAGAGGCCAGAAUAAAGGUGGGAAAAGGGAAGGAGAGAUGCGGGGUCUGCGGUGCCUUGGCUGCAGGGGGCUUUGGCACCAGUGGGGUCAACGGAGAGAGCCUGAAGAGGCUGGAGGGUUGUGCACGCAGUUGGCUCACAGAAGGAGAGGCCAGGUGCCCAGAAGUGGCUUGGAAUAGGGACCAGGGUCUGGGGUUAGCUUUUACAUGUUCACAUUUAAUUUCUCCUUGUAAUGAUAUCACAUAUGUGUAUCCAGCACUGUUCUAAGUCCUUUGUACGUAUUAACUCAUUCUAAGCCUGAUGAUAACUCUAUGGUUGUUCAUUUUAGAGGUGCCAAUUACAGAUUGCCAUUUUUACAGAAGAAGAACGUGAGGCACAGAGAGGUUAUGUAACUUGCCCAAGCUUACAAGUGAUGGAGCCAGGAUUUGAACCCAGGCAGACUGGGGCCUCGCAACCUGCUCUUCACUGCUCUAAGCUGGGCCUUCCUGUUUCGGGGCUGGAGUCUCUUCACAGAAGAUUCCUGAGAGACCCCAUUGCUCUGAUUAGAAGGCUAGGCUGCCUGGAGAUGGAGACAUGGAGCCCCUGCUCUGUGGGGCCUCUGAGGCUUUGGGGGCUGAGUUGGAGCCCCCUGAGGAGAGAAUGGUAUUCUACUCUGUCUUCACAAUAGGUCCUUUUUCUCUGCUUACAAAAUGCCCUUUUGUGCACAUCAGGGGGCUGAGAACUGGACUGAAGCACCUUCACCCCAGAGUUGGGUAUAAGGCUGAGGGGCUGGGUUUGCUAUUUGUCUCCAUGGCCCUGAGACGCCCCAGAUGCUGUCAGCAGCUCCCACCCACACCCCACAUCCCUGAGCUAUUUGCCUGGGUCAUGGGCCUUCGGGCUCUGACGCCCAGCGAGGGAGGUCCUAGGGCUGGCUUGUCCCCGCUGCCGUGUGGCCUGUGUCCUGCCCCUGUUCCCACAGCUGUGUUUACUGGCUGUGCUGUCUCUAAGGAAUGUCCCUGCUGACUGGCUUCUCCUCACUCACAUUGAUUCCCCUUGUAGGCCUCCACCAUGGACAGAGGCCAGCCCUGUCCCCUCCCUGGUGUCCCAGCUCCUUCUGCCAGGCCCUGAAGCCCCAGAGGAUGGUGUGACUGUUGUCCAAGGCCUGUCCGUCCAUCCAGAGUGGGCUCCCUGAGACUGCUGGGAAGAGCCCCCAACCAGCCCCAGGAUUCUCUCUCAGUGCAGCUGUCCAGGAUCUCUGAGUCAAAGGAGAUCGUGAGGAGGAAACUGAGAUGCCCUGUAUCCAAGCCCAAUAUGGGACACCAGCACCGAGCCCAGGACCCCGUGACCACCUAGCAAGUGACCCCCUGACCCCUGAGCUCAGCAAGCCAACCAUGGACCUGGCCAGCCCCGAGGCGGUUCCCACUGCCCCCACUGCCUUACCCAGCUUCAGCACCUUCAUGGACGGCUACACCGGGGAGUUUGACACCUUCCUGUACCAGCUGCCGGGGACAACCCAGCCAUGCUCCUCCGCCUCGUCCUCAGCCUCGUCCACCUCAUCGUCCUCAGCCACCUCCCCUGCCUCUGCUUCCUUCAAGUUUGAGGACUUCCAGGUGUAUGGCUGCUACCCUGGCACCCUGAGCGGCCCACUAGAUGAGACCCUGUCUUCCAGCGGCUCUGACUACUAUGGCAGUCCCUGCUCAGCCCCAUCACCACCCACGCCCGGCCUCCAGCCGCCUCAGCUCUCUCCCUGGGACGGCUCCUUCGGCCCCUUUUCACCCAGCCAGACUUAUGAAGGCCUGCGCGCAUGGACAGAGCAGCUGCCCAAGGCUCCUGGGCCCCCUCAGCCGCAGGCCUUCUUUUCCUUCAGCCCUCCCACCGGCCCCAGCCCCAGGCUGGCCCAGAGCCCCCUAAAGCUGUUCCCCUCUCAGGCCACCCACCAGCUGGGAGAGGGAGAGAGCUAUCCCAUGCCAACGGCUUUCCCAGGACUGGUGCCCACUUCCCCACACCUUGAUGGCCCGGGGAUGCUGGAUAUGCCUGUGACCUCAGCCAAGUCCCGGAAUGGGGCUCCAGGUGGAAGCGAGGGCCGCUGUGCUGUGUGUGGGGACAACGCUUCAUGCCAGCAUUAUGGCGUCCGCACCUGCGAGGGCUGCAAAGGUUUCUUCAAGCGCACAGUGCAGAAAAACGCCAAGUACAUCUGCCUGGCUAACAAGGACUGCCCUGUAGACAAGAGGCGACGAAACCGCUGCCAGUUCUGCCGUUUCCAGAAGUGCCUGGCUGUGGGCAUGGUGAAGGAAGUUGUCCGGACAGACAGCCUGAAGGGGCGAAGGGGACGGCUCCCUUCAAAGCCCAAACAACCCCCGGAUGCCUCCCCUGCCAAUCUCCUCACCUCCCUGGUCCGGGCACACCUGGACUCAGGGCCCAGCACAGCCAAACUGGACUACUCCAAGUUCCAGGAACUGGUGCUGCCCCACUUUGGGAAGGAGGAUGCCGGGGACGUGCAGCAGUUCUACGACCUACUCUCAGGGUCCCUGGAGGUUAUCCGCAAGUGGGCGGAGAAGAUCCCCGGCUUCACUGAGCUAUGCGCAGGCGACCAGGACCUGCUGCUCGAGUCGGCCUUCUUGGAGCUUUUCAUUCUCCGCCUGGCCUACCGGUCUAAACCAGCCGAGGGGAAGCUCAUCUUCUGCUCCGGCCUUGUGCUGCAUCAUCUGCAGUGUGCCCGAGGCUUCGGCAACUGGAUUGACAGCAUUGUGGCCUUCUCGCGGUCCCUGCACAGCUUGGUUGUUGACGUCCCUGCCUUCGCCUGCCUCUCAGCGCUCGUCCUCAUCACAGACCGGCACGGGCUGCAGGAGCCACAGCGGGUGGAGGAACUGCAGAACCGUAUCGCCAGCUGCCUGAAGGAACACGUCUCAGCUGUGGCGGGCGAGCCCCAGCCGGCCAGCUGCCUGUCACGCCUGCUGGGCAAGCUGCCUGAGUUGCGGACCCUGUGCACCCAGGGCCUACAGCGUAUCUUCUACCUCAAGCUGGAGGACUUGGUGCCCCCUCCUCCCAUCGUCGACAAGAUCUUUAUGGAGACGCUGCCCUUCUGACCCCAGCCCGGGAACACGCGUGCACUGUAUAUGUACGCUCCUACGUCACCCCACGUGCCUUGAGCCCAUGGCCCUCGGUCCCCUGGAGCACCAUUGCCCCCCUCCCUGGGCUGGAGCUAUAGACUGGUGGGCCUCCCCACUUGCUCUGGGAGGUCAUGCCCUGGGAUAGGAGGAUACAUCCAUGGCGGGGACCCCUACUAUUUGUCUUACCCCCUAUCCUGGCCUUCAUGU